AUGCGUCUUAAUUCUGGAAGUGGCGUUCAUAAUUUAGUGGAAAUAAAAAAUUUCUCUUAUUGGCUUCUUAAAGUAGGGGAUGGUGACAUUGGAGAUAGUGUUGAUGGAGAAUCUCUCAUAGCAAUUCCACCUGAAUUAUUGAUUGGGGAAUCUGAAGAUCCACUCUCGGAUAUGGUUGAUUUUGUGUACCCGAAUAUCUUGGAUCAUAUUUUAGAUCCUGCUUUCUUCAAAGAACGUGCAAUUUUAACUCCUAGAUUGGAAGAUGUUUCCAUCUUAAACGAGCGCCUAAAGUCUUUGAUUCCAGGAGAGGAAAAAACAUAUUUGAGUUCAGAUAAUGUGCUGAAGCAGGAUGCUAAUUCUCAACUUGAGGACAACGCAUUCUCACCUGAUAUUUUAAAUACCUUCUCAUGCUCGGGUCUUCCUGAACAUAAAUUAACUCUGAAGGUUAAUGUGCCAGUUAUGCUGUUGAGAAAUAUUGAUCAGUCAAGAGGUUUAUACAAUGGCACAAGACUGCUCAUUUCAAGAUUGGGUAGUCAUGUUGUUGAGGCAUCUGUUCUUACAGGUAGCAAUAUAGGUGAGAGUGUUUUGAUCCCUAGAAUGACGAUGAGCCCAUCCAAUCAUACAUUUCCUGUAUAUUUUCAAAGAAGACAAUUCCCUUUGACUGUUUCAUUUGUCAUGACUAUCAACAAGAGUCAAGGACAAUCUCUUUCUCAUGUUGGCAUUUAUCUCCCUAGACCUGUCUUCACUCAUGGACAAUUAUGUGUGGUACUAUCUAGAGUAAAGAGCAAACAGGGAUUGAAGAUAUUGAUACUUGAUGAUAAUGGUUGUGUUACAGAGAACACCUUUAACAUUGUCUACAAGGAAGUAUUUCAGAAAUUGGUGUAG